GUUAUUUUUAAUUUGCAAUAGCAGGUUCAAGGGAGAGAAGUAUUUGUAUAGUCAAACAUUGCAUGCAUGGCCGAGUCUGAUGAAAUUCAUGAAAUAUUCGUGAGAUUGGAUUACACAACGGAGUCUAAAUUCUGCCUUCUAAAUGUGGAAAUAGCACAGCUCAAAAGAAAUAUUAAUAUUACGGGUGUUUGUGUUUGUGAAUAGCCUCCCUUGGAGUGGAUGACUUCCCCUGCAUGGAUUGUGUAACGUGAAGCAAGAGAAUUAAUUCACUGUGUUCACACAUUGGACACCGGAUGUUUUGAUUUUAUCCCUACAAAUUCGACACUUGUUGUUAAAGGAUUUACAUUCUCUGUUGUUUUCUUUGGAUUUACAGUUAGACAAUGGCGUGAUACAAAAUGACCACACCUGCAGGCCGAGAACUGACCCUGACGGCCAGGCUGGGUGCUCUGAUCCUGGUCGUGGGCGCGCUGCUGAGUCUGACGGAGGCCGUGGCGACCGUGGAGCAAACGUGGACCUUCAACAAACCCGGCGUGUCGUCACUGGCGUUCCUCCCCAUCCUGUCAGACACCAGGAGUCUACAUUUUACAUUCCAGUUCAAAACCAACCAGGCCAACGGCAUUUUGUUUCAACAUGUUAUACUGGACGCUGAGAACAAGGCGAUACCCUUGUUGUCGGAUUACCAGCUGUUUGCCGAGCUGAGGCUAGGGAGGCUGAAUGUCAGCUUCGCUAUCACCACAUACCAGGAUGACAUUGUCAUCGGGAAAGCUCUGGAUGACGACAAAUGGCACGUGGUCAACAUCGAGGUUGACCCCAAGAAGACCAAGCUGACCGUCUCUGUAGACCGGGAGAGCCAGAACGAGAUCCUCAACGGCUACUACUGGAUGGACACGCGGGAACUGUUGGUCUGGCGGGAACUGAAGUCUGUCGUCUACAUUGGAGACUUCAAGCCCCGCAAAAACAUCAAGUACCAGAGCUACAUCGGCUGCCUGGGGGAGAUCGGCUACACCCUGCCCAGCGGCACCAUCACCAGCCCCACCUUCAACAGCACCAGCGGCGUCGUGGGCGGGUGUGUCGACCUGUGCCAGGGGGACCGGUCCUGCAACCUGGGCCGGUGCAUCAACCGGUACACGGGCAUCACGUGCGAUUGUUACGGCACGGACCACGAGGGACAGUUCUGUAACAUUGAAGGCUCCAAAACAAUGACCUUCCGAGGGUAUGAAUGGGUGGCUUAUCAGCGCUUCGAGGAGAAGAGGUUCACCAAGAACACUCGGAUUUCACUGGAGUUCAAGACGGGGCGAGGAGCAGGCGUGUUGCUGUACGCAGUGGGCGCCAGUCCCUACCACAACCACAUCACCAUCUCCAUCUACAACGGCGCUAUCCACGCCUCCAUCUCCUUCGAAAAAGACGAUCUGACAUUCUCUGAAGGGAUUGGUCUGGACGACAAAGGGUGGCAUAACCUGACCAUCGACCACCGCGAGAGUGUGGUCAGUUUUUACCUGGACGGUAAGGCCACGGAGAAGAGGAUAGCCCACGGGUAUUAUCUGAACCUGGACCCGUUCAUUUACAUCGGCGGGGGUGACAACUUCGUCCAGACCAAAGGUCUCCCAGUGACGCAGAGUUUUGUCGGCUGCUUGCGUAACGUGUACGUUGAUGACGUGUCUGUCCUGUACGAGCUGUCCCAGGCCAACCCCAAGUGUCGGUACAAUGGCGGCAGACAGCCACAGUUCGGGUGUGAGGAGGUCACGGAGAUUCCCAUCUCGUUCCCGAGGUCCUCCUCAAUGCUGCAAUGGAUGACGGGAGAGAGAGAACAGAACUUGAGCGUGGAGUUUAAGCUCCGAACGUUCCACAACACGGCCAUCGUGCUCUUUGUUGAGCUCAUGUCUCGCAAAGAAUCGGGAGUCGGCUUUGAUUUUGGCACUAUUGAGCUGUGGAUAGUGGACAAAAUGGCCGUGGUCCAGUUCAUCCCAUCAUCACGUGACACAAUGAGCCAUGAGAACAUCACACAACCCACCAUCAUCAGUGAUGGACAAGUGCAUGAAAUUAUGGUCACUUUGACCAACAGGUAG